UCCCUCCCUCUCUCUCUCACUCUCGCAGUCACUCAGUCAGUUGCAGCAACACACUCACCGAGAUCGGCAGCACAAAGCAGAGUCGCUCUCUUACCAGCCUCCAGAAACACACACACCGACACACUUUGCCGCGGCACGCACACACAAGCUCAGACGCCUCCACGCACACCUUCUCAGUGACGGCCGAGGAGCUGAAGCAAAAAGGAAAGGAAGGAAAGAAGACAACAACACCGGAGAAAGGAAGACAAGAAGUAAAAGAAGAAGAGAAAAUAUCCUGAGAGAAAAACAGGAACAAAUUUAGAUAAAACUUCACUCAGGUUGUCCAAUUGAAGGGCUCCCUCCCGAGACCCCCCGCUGACUCAUAACAAGCACAACGUACUGGUCCGGGAGCUUCAUGAGAGUGUGCUCAUAACCAUCACUCCACCUCUGUGUGUGUGCGUGCGGCACCAUGCUGUGGACAGUGCUACUAGCGCUGCUGGUGCUUCUGCUGCUGCAGACUCAGCUGUCUGUGUGCUUAAGGGAAUUGCGCUCUGGGGGUUCCAGUUCUUCCGUCUACUCCCCUCGAUCAUCCUCUUCCUCCUUUUACAAUGCUACCCAGCAGCGGCUGCCUGGAGCUAUUAUCAUUGGCGUGCGGAAAGGUGGCACCAGAGCCCUGCUCGAGAUGCUCAAUCUGCACCCAGAUGUGGAAGUGGCAAAGGCUGAGGUGCAUUAUUUCAAUGUGGAGGAGCACUACCGCAGAGGUCUGGCCUGGUACCGAGCCCAGAUGCCCUUCACCGUCCCGGGUCAACUGACAGUGGAAAAGACCCCAGGUUACUUCGCAGCUCCUCAGGUUCCUGCACGAGUUUCGGACAUGAACCCUGCUGUCCGCUUGCUACUCAUCGUCCGGGACCCAGCUGAGAGGCUGAUCUCUGACUACACCCAGGUUCUGCACAACCGCCUAACACGACACAAGCCCUACAAGCCCCUGGAGGAGCUCCUACUCCACAAGGGCCACAUUGAUCCUGGAUACAAGGCACUGCAGAGGAGCCUCUAUCACCAGCACCUUGCCCGCUGGUUGGAGGUCUUCCCCAGGGAGCAGAUCCACGUGGUGGAUGGAGAUGCGCUUAUUCGGGAUCCCUUCCCUGAGCUGAGGAAGGCAGAGAGGUUUCUGGACCUGCCGCCCAGGAUCAACCCGAGCAAUUUCUACUACAACACCACCAAGGGCUUCUACUGCCUCCUGUCGGCUGGACAUGACAAGUGCCUGGACGAGUCUAAAGGCAGGCCACAUGCUCCACUGAGUACCCAAGCCUUGAAGAAGCUUUGUCGGUACUUCAGAAAGCCAAACAAGUUAUUCUUUGAAAUGGUGGGGAGGUCAUUUGCCUGGUGCUGAUCCAUUGAGCAGAGCAACAGUGACGAUGAAAAGCCUCCUGAACAGUGCCGACACAUUCAGGGACGCAGAGGGAGAGAUAAAACUGUGUUUUUCUAGCUAGAUGAGUGGGAACAUUUUUAAAAAAAUCUUUUUUUGUUGAUACCUACUCAGGUAUGAAUGUGACCAACAUGUGCAGCACAUGUGAUGAAAACAAACUGCUGAUGUUGAACCUGUAGCCGACAUAAACCUUUACCAAGAACAUGUUGGUGCCUCCAGGGAAAACCUCACUUGCUGAAGCUACAACAGCCGUGCCAUACACAAGUCUGAACCUGAAAGUACAACUAACUCCCUGUUAGUUCUCAUGUGUGGGCCGUUAAAAGAAUAUGUGAUGACUUUGAUGUGAUGUAGAAAUAGAUGAAUGGUCAAAAGAUGGUUGCGUUAUUGUUGCACUAUGAACUCCAGUUGCAUAAAAAGUCAAUCAAGGUUCAAUGCAAACGAUUUUAAAGAGAAAACAAGUCCUUGCUUUGAUUUUUCUGAACAACUGUAAAACUUUUUGUGUUAGCAAAACAUUUUAAUUUUUUCCUCAUGGCUAUUUUGGGCUAUUUUACUGAAUAGAUGCUCACGAGUUCUUUUGGAAGAGGCUCACUGAAAACUUGUUUUUGCUUUUUUUUUACGCUCAAGGCCAGCAUAGUGCUAUUGCUAGUUUGUGUUAUUUUUUAAGAUGUCCUUCUAAUAAAUGUCUUCAGUGGUAAAGUCUGUUCCCUGAACUCCAGCUACGAGGUUUAAAGGGAUUUAAAAUGUCAAACAUAAAGACACGGUGAUAUAGGUUCACUGACAGGCCUCUCUGGAAACACCUCUCCCUCGAAGUGGAUGAAGAUGUUCCCUGUCAGUGUCUAUUGAACAUGUUCUUUACAUCAAAGAUCAAAGCAAGCCUACGUCUCUUUUCAUCAUUAAGUUAUUCCUGUGUAGGUGUUACCUUCAGUUUCACCACCACACCGCAACGAACGACACCUGUAGGUCACCAGAAGGGCUGUUCAGUUCCUGACAGUAUUCAAGGCCAAAUGGUUUUCUUACCUUAAUCCAGUUCAUCUGGAAGGACUUAAAAAGGCUGACAAGUCAUAGCAUCAGUACAUAAAAUAAAAGCCUUGUGAUUAAAGGAUAUCCAGGGUGCUUUUAACCCAGACAUGUCUUUAGUUUGAUGUUAGUUUGAUGCACUUUCAAAGUACAUUCCACAAGUUUAACAUUAAAUUAAGUUAAAUUGUUCAAUAAUUUAGAAGUAAAAGGUAUAAAUCUGUAAGUGUUUCGUUGGAUAACAACUAAUAACAACUGUGUAGUAGCUGCACAGCAUGUCAGAUCAAAGCAGUAUUCUAUUGUACCUACAGUUCCAGUUUACACAAAAGCUCCUCCUAGAGCUAAUUACUGGCCUUCAAGAUAGCUAUUUGUACCCUCAAAAGCAGGUACUGAAAGGUUUACUAAUAAUGAAGAUGGCAGAAAAAAGACAGAAAAGCAAGAAGUAGACUGGAGGCUGUGGUUUCUUAGAGCCCUGACUGAGGAUCAAUCGCAGCUCCCAUAAAUGGAAGAUCUCUCUGGUACCCCCUGGAGAGAGGAUGACAAACAGAGAAAGAAGAAGGAAGGAUGUGACACAGAAACAAGUACAAAGAUAGUAGGGCAGGUAGGUACAUUAUAGAUAAAUGGGCAGUGUUUGGGGUGUCGGCCAGCAUCAGAAUAUCCUAAUUUUGAGUGCCAAAAAGAUACACGUAUGUUUGCAAUAUUAGGAUGCAAUUUGAGUGUUAGUUUCAUCCUAGAUGUAAGUUAUGUGAGUCACUGAUCAUAACUUGGCAGUAAUAUGCUUCUCUAAGAGGGUUAGUGUUCUGUGUGAUACAGAUAAAUUCCCUGUGUAAAGGCUACCUUAGAAGUCAGUGUUUCGGUGGGCUUACCUUAUCUUUUGAGAGUGUAAAGGUGACGAGGGUCUCUUCAGAUAUUUUGUCAGGACAAUAGGAUAUGCUAUAUAUCCAAUAUAGCAUAUCCUAACAACUGGGCAC